UUGUGAUGGGAAUGGAACCGCCCGAUAGGGCAAUAGAAUAUUUAUAGGCAAAAGCCAAUCCCAUACUGGACGGUGUUGAAGGAUUUCAUUCCCGUUCACGCUAUUCAUUCUUGCAUGCGUCACCGACUGAAUUGGAUCAUUUUCCCUCUUCUUAAUGGCUCAAUAUUCCAAUCUCUCGCAGAUAGUUCCAAAGGCAAGGCGAUGCAGUCCCUUCCCUUGCUCGGAACAGGCGCUGACCCCACAUCAGAUUCACUAGCCGGACCUGAUUGCCUUGUAUCUCCAGACCGAAGAGCCUCACUGACCUUUCAUCAUCAAGCGGAACGUCCGUCCCAUCUGCUUAAAGCCACUACUGCAGCAGGGAUUGCUGGAUCCAGGUGAUCGCACCUAAUUCCUAUCAACACAACUAAAUUACGUCGUGUUGGU